GAAGAAAACAGUUAAUUCAUCAGUCAGUGGAACGUACAGCCAUCAUCUCAAAGAGCUACAAACAGAAACACCCAGGAGUGUACCUUCUGCAGAUUUUCUAGAAAUCGUGAGAUACUGCACAUCACCAGAUGCCCAACUCCAUGGUCUCCUGCGCUACCUCGAGUCCUUCUCAGAUAAGAGGAUCUAUCGACUCCCAGUGUUCACAGAGGAGUUCUGUCAAGCCUUUGUGGAUGAGCUGGAGAACUUUGAGCAGUCGGAUAUGCCUAAAGGCAGGCCCAACACUAUGAAUAACUAUGGGGUUUUGCUAAAUGAACUUGGGAUGGAUGAAACCUUCAUCACGCCCCUGCGUGAAAAAUACCUGCAGCCCAUAACAGCGCUGCUUUAUCCCGACUUGGGGGGUGCUUGUCUGGACAGCCAUAAAGCAUUUGUUGUCAAGUACUCGGUACACGAAGAUCUGGAUUUGAGCUCUCACUAUGACAAUGCAGAAGUCACCUUAAACGUUUCACUGGGAAAAGACUUCACAGAAGGCAACUUGUACUUUGGGGAUUUCAGCCAGGAGCCUACCCCUGUGCCAAAGUACAUAGAGAUUGAACAUGUGGGAGCCCAGGGGCUGUUACACCGAGGAGGACAGAUCCACGGGGCACUUCCCAUUGCCUCCGGGGAACGCUGGAACCUCAUUAUUUGGAUGAGAUCAUCCGCCAUCCGCAACCAGCUCUGCCCUAUGUGCAACAAGAAACCUGAGCUGGUGGAAGCAGAGGGCUUUGGAGAUGGCUUCACAGAAACCCCGGAGGACGACGUGCCCGAGACUGUGAAUCUCUGUUCCUUGUGGUAGCAGACGGUAGAGCCUGAUUUCUCCAGAUCGAGUUGCCUAAAGCUCCUCUCUGACCACUCAGACUGCGCUCACAGACUCUUCGAUGGAUGCACGAGUCAUGUAGGAAGUAGUUACCACCUUGGAAAGUGAUGCAAAACCAAUCCUGCUGGGGUUUGGGAAGCCAGCGGCCCAGACAGCCAGAAGAGCAGGUACUCAGCUCCCCAGGGCUCAUGCUGGGGCACUGCGUGGAAGAUGUAGAAAGCCUUAACACUUUAAUUCACUGCAGAGGCUCUGGAAAUAUUUUCAGGUGUACAGGGAGAACACCCAAAGCUGCCUGGCCUUUGUGAAGACCUCUGUGGCAACAGCAGCAUCCCUGGUCCCACUGUAAACGGGAAACAACUGCACAAUAAAACCCUGCACUUACCCCU